AUGCUCGCUAGUACCAAGUUCUUCACCAUCACGCUCUUCCUCGCAGCAAGCCUCCCAGCAGGCAUCCUCGCAGAUAGCAUAACAUGCGAAACAACUUCAGGCAGCCCCGACACUGGCUCCGUCACGAACGUCAUCAACGAGCUCCACGGGCUCGGGAAUAGACUUUGCAGUAACGGCAAUCAGCUAGGUAGCAAGUGCGACACGUUGGUCAGCCACAAUGAAGCCGCUAUCGCGAUCUGUGGCGGCCCGGCUUUACAGGCUGUCUACUGUCCUGAUGUCGCUUCUAUGGCCAAUGCAAUCCAGCAGAAAUGUUUGUCGAGCGAUGGCAGGGCUGGCGGCAAGUUUCUUCAUGAAAAGGGUUACACUGUUGAAGUCAUCCAUUCAUAG